CGAGCGCUUACUAAUUAGAGAAAAGUCCGCAACUAAGGAUAUUUAUAGGGACAUGACCGACGAGGGAUAUUUACGUUCGACUGAGUCCACAAACAACCCGCUGCGUCAUGGUUCUUCCUGGGCUUCAGGUUUGGAGAUGGAUACUCUUUGCCUGCAUUCACUGGCUGUGUGUCUGUCAAGAGACUCCAAGACCGGUUUACAUGGUAGCCAUUCCUGCAGUGAUCCAGGCAGGCUCAGAGGCCAAGCUUUGUGCCAGCCUUCUGCAGCCCAACGAGACCCUGGUCAUGACCGUAUCUCUGAUGGCUGACGGGCAGAACAAGAGACUUCUCCACCAGAGUUCUGACCAAGAGUUUCACCGCUGUUUCCAGUUUCAGGCCCCUCAUGUGAAGAGCGACAAAGUGCAGAACUUUAAGGUGGAGGUUCGAGGGGAAACAUUUCUAUCCACAGAGGAGAGAAGGGUCAUGAUCAAACCCUACAGCCCCAUGACGUUCAUCCAAACGGACAAACCAAUCUACAACCCAGGACAAACGGUGCAUUUUAGAGUCGUCACCUUGGAUACCCAUUUUAGCCCCGUCAAUCAGCUGUACAACAUUGUGGAACUUGAGGAUGUUAAUCACAACCGGAUUGGACAGUGGGUCAACACUACAUCCAGUGGCAGCAUUCUGCAGCUUUCUCACCCCCUGAACUCUGAAGCACCUGUAGGAUCCUAUACCAUUGUAGUGUGGAUUGGUGAAGAGAAAAUCUACCACAACUUCAAGGUAGAACAGUAUGCUUUGCCCAAGUUUGAGAUCCAAAUGAACCUCACGGACAAGAUCAGCGUUGUUCAGGAAGAGUAUGAAGUGAAAGUGUGUGCAAAAUACACGUAUAGGCAGCCUGUACCUGGUAAAGUAGGGGUCAAGUUGUGCCGACCCUUGGUGGACAAUGCAGUGAUACCAAUAACAAUCGAUGAGCGACAUCCACAAGGAGUUCCUGAUUACACACCUCCAUGCCACAAAGAGUCAAUAGAGAUGGACCAUACUGGCUGUGCUUCUUAUGUCUUCAACAUGGCAAUUUUCACAAAGAAUGCAGGAGAGAAAUUGCUGGAAGACGUGUUUAGUUUCCACGCAGAAGUACAGGAGGAGGGGACAGGUAUUACACUGUCAGAGGACAAACGCAUAGAGCUCUCCUAUGUGAUUGGAGAAUUCACAUUUGUUGACACGCCCCAAAUCUAUGAGCAUGGAUCAAUUAUCGAAGGCAAGAUAAAUGCUGUUCGCUUUAACAACACACCCAUCUCUGACAUGUUAGUCUACCUGUUUGAGGAGAAAGGCUGGUCCUCGUAUCUACGACUACAGAACCUAACCACGGACAGUAGUGGUAUUGCCAGGUUCUCCCUCAACACAACCAGUCUGCCCAAAGAGAAUAUUAACUUGGUAGUGAGUGACACCCCACAAGUGGAGUUCCCAGGAUACAGGGUCCCCUAUUUCAACAGAGGGCAACACCUACUCUCACUGAUCCAGCCCGCUGCCCCUGACAGUAAACCGUCCAGCUCCCUGGCUAUUCAGAAGGUGGAGAAACCACUGGCAUGUGGGCAGGCGGUGUCAGUCACCAUCCGCUAUGUCAUCGUAGGGGAGACUGUCCCAAAGGGCUCUGUGGCUGUCCUCUACCUGGCCUUAUCCAGAGGGGUCAUAGUUCAGCAUGGACACAUCAAUGUUACUGUGCAGCAGGACAGUCCUGUAGCUGAGGGUGACGUCACCUUGAAGUUGGCAGUGGUUCCAGAGAUGGCGCCGGUGGUUCAGCUCCUGGUGUACAGUAUGCUACCCAGUGAGACUGUCAUCGCCCACAGCAUGAACUUCCCCACUGAGAAAUGCUUCAGGAACAAGGUGUUGGUGGAGUUCUCUCCCUCCAACGCAGUCCCAGGGGAGGAGAACACCCUGCAUCUCUCGGCCCAGCCCGGUUCCCUCUGUGGCCUCGGUGCUGUGGACCAGAGUGUUGGCAUCAUGGAGCCAGGGAAGAGGCUGGAUGCUGACAAGAUAUUUGAUUUGUUACCGGUCAAGGAGACGACCUAUAUUCCCUACGAGCUUGAAGAUCCAGUAGAAUGUUUACGUGUUAGACCAAGGAGACUCAUAAUACCACACCCAUAUGGACCGUCUGAGAUGACAAAUGAUCCUUAUGCAGUUUUUCAGACGCUGGGACUGAAGCUAGCGACUAACCUGGAUAUAAGAGUACCUUCCUGCCUCAGUUACCAGGGGAACCAGUACUAUCGCUCCUAUGCUUACAGCCCUAUGGCUAGGCCUGGAUCAGCGGGUCCUAGACUUGAAAUGGCUGUGGCUGGUGGACUUGCCGCUCCACCUCCGCCACCCAUACAGACGGUCCGUACAUUCUUCCCUGAGACAUGGAUUUGGGACCUUGUGGAAGUUGGGGAGUCUGGAUCAGCAGAUGUCCCCCUGACAGUCCCAGACACCAUCACCACCUGGGAGACUGAGGUCUUCUGCCUGGCCCCCAGUGGCUUCGGUCUGGCUCCUCUGGUGGAGCUCACGGUCUUCCAGCCCUUCUUCCUGGAGCUCACCCUGCCCUACUCAGUCAUCCGGGGAGAGCACUUUGAGCUGAAGGCCACUGUGUUUAACUACCUCUCCAAGUGCAUCGUGGUUUCUGUGACUCCAGCUCUUUCCUCUGACUACACUCUCUCACCCUUGCGUGAUGUCCGGGACUCCCCGUGCUUGUGUGCCAAUGGACGAAAGACCUUCAGUUGGACAAUGGCCCCCUCUGUCCUGGGGGUUUUGAACGUGUCCGUUAGUGCGGCGGCUGUCCAGUCCCACACUGCGUGUGACAACGGGGUUGCGAACGUACCGGAGAGAGGACGCGUUGACACAGUCACACGGAGCCUGCUGGUGAAGGCUGAGGGAACAGAGAAGAGACACACCUACAACUGGUUGCUGUGUCCUACUGGAGAAGCUCUGACGGAGGAGGUGGAACCGCAACUCCCCCAGAAUGUGGUGGAUGGCUCUGCUAGGAUUUCCCUCUCAGUUCUGGGGGACAUCCUGGGUCGGGCCCUCAACAACCUGGAUGGACUGUUGCAGAUGCCGUAUGGGUGUGGGGAGCAGAAUAUGGCCCUGCUUUCCCCCAAUAUCUACAUCCUGGAGUACCUGAGGAACACAAAGCAGCUCACGCCAGCCAUCCUAGACAAGGCGACCAAGUUCCUCACUAGUGGUUACCAACGGCAGCUGAACUACAAGAAUGCUGAUGGUGCGUACAGCACAUUUGGACAAGGCUUGGGGAACACCUGGCUGACUGCUUUUGUCUUGAGAUCCUUUGGCAAAGCCCAGUCUUUCAUCUAUGUUGACCCGGCAACGAUGGAGCAAUCCAAGACUUGGUUGGAACGUCAACAAGGCAAACAUGGCUGUUUCAGAGCUUUAGGGAAGCUCUUGAACAACAGAAUGAAGGGUGGAGUGACGGAU